GUACUGUAGGAGAGUUCAUGUUGCCGUUUGAGGAGGAGAUUGGCCAACGCACGUCUCUACAGGAACUGCAGGAUGUGGUCGUUCACAAGAAGAUGAGGCCGGUCUUCAAGGACACCUGGCUCAAACACCCGGGUCUGUCUCAGUUGUGUGAGACUAUAGAGGAGUGUUGGGACCAUGACGCCGAGGCUCGUCUCUCCGCCGGCUGUGUCGAGGAACGCAUCUCCCAGAUCACCAAGACAACCGUCGGCACUACCUCAGACUGCCCAGUUGCCAUAGUAAUGUCGGUAACCGACGACGACGACCUACCUCCCAAAGAGUCCAGCACCUGAGUUCUGUGUUAUUGUGACGUCAUCACGGAAGUGGAACGGUGCUCCUGACUUUUCUAGCAUAAACUUUUAAACAACUUGAAUACAGCUGCUAUUUUUAUAAUCUUGAUAUUGGUAUUAUUGUUUUUAAGACUUUUUUAUGUUAUUUUAGAUCAAGUCUUCUCUUCCAUCUGUCUUCUGUAGUUUUCACUGAGAAAAGAAUAUGACAGAAAUAAGACAUAUAUGCUGGACAAGACCUCUCUUAAGACAUUAACUUGUUAAAUCUUCUAUUCAGUCAAUACCUCAUGUUGUGUUUAGUGGGUUUGAUUAUUACCUCGUCCUGUCGUCUGGUCAAGAUGGCGGCCAGCCAAAGAAAGCUAACCGUAUUCCAAACCUCUGACGUGACGA